AUGAAGGCCGUGGUUUUCCACGGCCCCAAGCACAUCGCGGUCGAAGAGCGGCCUGUCCCCAAGCUGCAAGGCCCCAAAGACAUCAUCGUCAAGGUCCAGUCCACGGCGCUAUGCGGCUCGGAGCUGCACGUCUACCGCGGCCACCAGCCCUCCCCGACAGGCUUCAUCAUGGGCCACGAGUUCGUCGGCACCGUCGUCCAAGCCGGCAGCGAAGUGCAAUCCGUCUCGGUCGGCGACAAGGUCGUCACCCCCCUUCACCGUGUCCUGCUCUUCGGCUCGCCGCAGCUGGACGGCGGGCAGGCCGAGUACGUGCGGGUGCCGCACGCCGACGGCACCGUGGUGCGCGCGCCGCCGCGCAACGAGAUGACCGACGACCGCGCGCUGAUCCUCAUGGCCGACAUCUUCCCCACGGGCUUUUUCGGGGCGCGGAACGCGUUUGAGAUGUUACGCGGUCAGGACUUGGCUGUGAGUGAGGCGACGGUGGUGGUGGUUGGGUGUGGGCCGGUCGGGUUGUGCGCGAUUGUGUCGGCGCUGGAGUACGCGCCGCGCAAGGUGUUUGCGGUGGAUAGCGUGCCGGCAAGGUUGGAGCUGGCGAGGGGGCUCGGGGCGGAGCCGUUGAAUUUUGCGGGGGAGGGUGGGAAGGAGGCGAUGGUUAAGCGGGUGCUGGAGGUGACCGAGGGUCGCGGGGCGGACGCGGUGAUUGAGGUGGUUGGGUUGAGCCCGGCGCUGAGGACCGCGUUUGAUCUGAUCAGGCCGUUUGGGGUGAUUAGCAGUAUUGGAGUGCAUAAUGCUGAGAUUCCCUGGGACGGAAACGACGCGUAUAACAAAAACGUCAGGGUCCAGAUGGGCCGCUGCCCGGUCCGGUCCAUUUUCCCCGAGGCGCUGCCGGUGUUGGUGAAGAACCAGGACAAGUUCAGCUUCAUGUUCGACAAGAUCAUGCCGCUCUCGGAGGCGGUUGAGGGAUAUGACUUGUUUGACCAGAUGAAGGUGCAAAAGGUGAUCUUCAAGCCGUGA